GUGACGUUUGCAAAUCUGGCGUUUGUGUUUAUCGCAGUGUUGGAUUUAGCUGGGAGUGCCUUUCAGUGAAGCAAGCGUAUUCUCGGUAUAUUUCAAUGUGUAAUCUGUAGAAACGGAUAUAAUAUCGUUGGUACGGUGGACUGGUACUUUGGACUGCCGCUUUGAGUUUCACGGACAUUCGAAUUUACCAGAAUUCUUUCUUGAGGCCUAGUGGAAGAAGUGAAUCCUCGGGCUUGCCUGCGCACUCGGGCCGGGAUGACAGGGCAUGCUGCCCGCGAGAGCUGUUGAUGUCUUACGCUAAUCUUGCCCAUAAGGGGGCAAGCACCUGAACUCGGAGAGGAGGAUACAUAUGUGGUUUUCAUGGUGUUUAUGGAUGUCCGGGUUUGAAGUCCCUGUUCUCUCCUCCCGGCCCUGUUGAUAUACAAGUCGAAUCUGCCAAAGCACGAGUCGAACCUGCCAAACAUGAACCGAUAUUUGCCGGUGGCACGGCAGCACUUCCUGACUGCUCUAGCCAGCACAAGUGUGGUGGUGAAAUGUAUAUGUGUCACUGUGUUUGUGCUUUACCUCAUCUCGUGGUUGGCGGACACACGUGUGGCUCUUGGAAUCACACCUGGAUACCUCUUUCCUCCCAACUUCUGGAUCUGGACUCUGUUGACGCAUGGUGUGGUGGAGCAGCAUGUGUGGGACGUAGCAUUAAACGUGGCUACGGUGAUGACUGCAGGCAGACUGCUGGAGCCUCUAUGGGGUGCUCUGGAGUUACUUGUCUUCUUUGUGGUGGUGAACAUUGCUGCUGGUUUGCUUUCAGGCCUCUCUUACGUUCUCGCCUAUGCUAUCACGUUUGACCUAAGCUACCUGUUUGGAGUACACAUCAGCGGCACACCCACGUUUCUUGGUGCUGUCCUGGUGGCUCUAAAGCAAACGUCAGGUGACACGACUGUGCUUCGAGUGCCUCAGAUUCGUCUGAAGGCAGCUCCAGCACUGGUCCUGCUAGCUUUAGCUAUCUUGCGGCUAGCUGGGCUGCUGGAAAGCUCUGCACCAUUGGUGGGCUGCAGCUAUGGUGCAUUAGCAGGGUGGGUAUACUUGCGCUUCUACCAGAGGCACAGCCGUGGGCGUGGUGACAUGUCAGACCACUUUGCCUUUGCCUCCUUCUUCCCAGAGGCGCUUCAGCCAGCAGUGGGACUCCUCGCCAGCCUGGUGCAUGCUGCCCUUGUCAAGAUGAAGGUGUGUCGCAAGAUGGUGAAGCGCUAUGAUGUUGGCGCACCGUCAUCCAUCACGAUCAGCCUUCCUGGCACAGACCCACAGGAUGCCGAGAGGAGAAGGCAGUUGGCACUGAAAGCUCUGAAUGAACGUCUAAAGCGAGUGGAGGACCAGUCUGCCUGGCCCAGCAUGGAGGACGAGGAAGACAAUGACGACGACGAAGUUCGGACAGAUGCGCCCCUGCUCCCGACUCGUGACCCCUCACCGCCAGCUCCCAACACUACCCAGAAUUCCACAGGGCAAGAGUCGAGCAUCAUAAGCUUUGAAGACGCCCCCACUCACUCCUAACAAACACACGUACAUGAGGACAGGAACUGUCCAGUUCAGCCCUCUGAAUCUGAGACACAAUCGCAACACCUGCUGAAGGGGCGGUGAAGAUUUACCCUCGAGAGCAAGGUGACUCGCCAUAGGUAGUUUAUAAAUCUUGAUCAGUUCAAACGAGCCUGCAAGAUCACCGAUAUGUUCGGCUUAGAUGUUGUACAGAUGAACUUUUCCAAAAGAGUGUAUCUGUGGCAAUUGGUUUGUUUUUUUUUGCCUUGUACAAAUGAUUUUCAUUUGUGUAUGUGCGUGCGCGCAUUUGUACUUGUGCGUAAAGAUUGUGGAAGGAGUUUGUUCUGAAUAAAUGGUUCAGCUACUGCUGAGACAUGUUACUUAUACUUUUAAAUUAGCUCCAGGCUCUCCAGUUGACUUAUGGGUAACUCCUCGACUUUGUAAAUGUUUCCCCCACUGCAACAGGUAACAAAGCAGUCUUUUUUUUUUUUUUUUUUUGGAAAUUAGGUUUAAAUGCUAUUUGUGCCUGUUUCUAACUGACUGAGACUUUCAGAAAUUAUUUCAGACAUUAGCUGAUUUGCCAAAGGUGGACAGGUUGGAGAUUUAACAUAUUUGUCAGAAGAAAAAACAAAAUUGCAAGAAGAAAAAAAAAUGUAGUGCUAUGUGUUUUAUUAAUAUUGGUGGAUUCCUUACAUUGAGUUAUUAACCACAGAGGCAUCUUUUCUUGUGCUUAUUUGCUCACAGACAAGUUCAAACUCACCAUAAUUCACGGUGAGGUCUUGUAAGCGUAAAUAACUGCAAGAGGUAAGAAGCUGCCUGAAAAUGUGUGCAAGAAUGCGGAACAUUCAGAACAUUGAAUGUUAGCCAUGGUGAUGGGUUCUCCUCCCUCCCCCCCACCCACCCCCUUCUUUUUUCUUUUUUUGCGCAGUGUUGUGGUUCCUCACAAUCCUAAUGUGUGGAUUAUUAUUUAUCAUCAUGAUUAAGUUUGCAUUUGGGUGGCACGGUGGUGGAGUGGUUAGUGCUGUCGCCUCACAGCAAGAAGGUCCGGGUUCGAGCCCCGUGGCCAGCGAGGGCCUUUCUGUGCGGAGUUUGCAUGUUCUUCCCGUGUCCGCGUGGGUUUCCUCCGGGUGCUCCGGUUUCCCCCACAGUCCAAAGACAUGCAGGUUAGGUUAACUGGUGACUCUAAAUUGAGCGUAGGUGUGAAUGUGAGUCUGAAUGGUUGUCUGUGUCUAUGUGUCGGCCCUGUGAUGACCUGGCGACUUGUCCAGGGUGUACCCCGCCUUUCGCCCGUAGUCAGCUGGGAUAGGCUCCAGCUUGUCUGGGACACUGUAGAACAGGAUAAAGUGGCUAGAGAUAAUGAGAUGAGCUGAAGUUUGCAUUUUAUUGACAUUUAUGAGGGGCUGUAUUUCCAAACCAGACUAUUUGAAAGCCACCAGCAAUCCAAAGGCCUUAAAUAUAGGUGCAAUGAUUGUGACUCGAACAAGUAAACAAUUAUUAAAGCAUGUUUAAUAUGGUGUAACAUAAGAAAUGAGGAGGACUGUUUGCUUCUUUUUGUCCCCUUUCUCUGGUGUUGUGUCUUGAGGCUCUUUGCUUUAUCAUCCAGAGCCUGAACCAUGCCAGCUGUGGUCCAUGCACGUUUGUACAAAAUGCACUUCUAGGUUAUGACUCCAUGAUUAUCAUCUGUUUUCUGUGUGUGUGUGUGUUCGGGGGGAAUCCGGAUUGGUCAAACUAGUGACAGCAAUACAGCCACAUACUCCAGUUCUACUGUACACACCACUUUUUCCUUCUCCGUCAUUGUCUAUUGAGCUUCAUAAACUGAAGAAUCACUAAGUAAUCAGUUUAUCACUUGUAUGCUAUCUUAAAAAAAAGAAAUCUACACAGUGUAAAGCUGAUUCUGAAUCAGUAAUACACACUAUAAUGCUUUGAUGUGUAUUGCCUUCAUGCCCUCUGUUGAUCUGCAGGAUUUUUUUUUCCCAGUAUUAUUAUUAUUAUUAUUAUUAUUAUUAUUAUUUUAUGCAGAUCAAGAAAUCAACUUACUUGCUCUAGGAUUGUGUCUGCGUGGGGGAAAAACAUUUUGUAUCUUUUGAAUAAAAGUGAAUGUGUUUAGAGAGAACAGAAAAGAGAUUUUUGUUCUCUACAGAUUUGACUGAUGUGCAGAGACGGGGGGAAAGGUUUGGGAACGGUUUUUAGUCACUGGUUGUGUUUGCUCACUGAUCAUUUUUGUAUGUUCGUGUUGUUUAUUUUCUGCCAUUCAUCUUUUCCAGCUCUCCGUCUCGACUCUUCUUCACCUUAUGGCUUAAAAGCCAUGGCUCCUGCGCUUCACUUCAAAUUCUCUCUCGCUCUCCAAUAAAAGGUUAUACGGAGAA